ACUGACCGUUGCUUGUUUCGAACAGCCACUCAAUUAUCGCGGCCAUGGCUUCCACCACAACCCAACAGCGACAAGCAACGGCAACACACAAAUAUAUUAGGUAGUAGUAGUAAGAAAGAUGAUCAAGGACAUAAUCGACAAGCAAGUGUUUGAACUAAAGAAGUUAUGGGCUAACAAGCGACAAUUGACGUUUCAAGUGCUCAACUUGGCCAUGAUUGUCUUUAGUGCUUUGAUGAUCUGGAAGGGGCUCAUGUUCGUCACCAAGAGUGAAUCACCUGUGGUCGUUGUACUCAGUGGAUCCAUGGAACCCGCAUUUCAACGUGGAGAUAUCCUCUUUUUGAAUAAUGCAAAACACCAAGUAUUUGUGGGAGACGUGGUCGUUUUCAAAAUCAAAGAUCGAGAUAUCCCCAUUGUGCAUCGCAUCCUCAAGGUACACACCGAUGCCGACUCGGGAGAAGUCGAAUUACUCACCAAAGGAGACAAUAAUAGAGUCGAUGAUAGGGGACUUUACGCACCCGGACAAUUAUGGUUGAAACGAGAAGAUAUCCUUGGAAAAGCCGUGGGAACGCUGCGGUAUGUCGGAAUGGUCACCAUUGCCCUGAACGACUAUCCCGUACUCAAAUACGUACUCGUGGGGAUGAUGGGGUUGUUUGUACUCACCAACAAGGAAGGAUAAUACAUGUAAUGUAGCAUGUCAAAUAAUACAUAAAUAAUAAUAACAAUAACAAUAGCAACUCAGUAUAUAUCU